UCGUACACACAUACACAACUGAAAGGUGGUAGGAGAGACGAAGGAGGUGGGAGAUGUAGGUAGCGCCAGAUGUCACCGAGAUAGAAUCCAGUAGGUCACGGAUAUGGUAAUCCAAAAUGUCGUCGAACAAGAUCAAAAUGUCGUGGACAACAAGUCACCAAUAUCGGAGGUACAAAGUCCCAAUGUAACCGGUGUCCAAUCUGUGAUGCUGCCGAGUAUCAACCCCAACAAUCUCCAAGUCUCGAAUCCAGUAAGUGCAAAUUCCGCUGUUGCUGUAACAAGCAAUGAGGCUGGAACUUCUGCAACUGCUGCAGCCCCAAGAGUGGAACCAGCUGUUGCUGGUCCCAGCCACGCUGGUCCCUAUGUGGAUCGAAAAGCGGUACAGAUAUCGUCCAAGUACGACGGCAAGGAAGACAUCGAGUCCUGGAUCGGCUCCAUAAGGGCCUACUUUGAGAUUCUGGGGACUCAACUUGAGACCCAGGCAGUGAUCAUGGGAAUGAAUGUCGAGCCGGUCGUACGGGGCUUCCUAGAAGUCGAAGCGACGCGGUCUGGGUUCCAAAAGACUGCACUAGCCAAAUGGCUUAAGACCACCCCGGUUGCCUCCCUCGAGGAUCUCCUUAUCUCACAAUAUCAGGAUCCACAUGUUGCGGCUAGAGCAAGAAUCCAACUUGACAAAGUCAAGCGCAGCAAGUGGACAGGCUCCAUGAAAAGCCUGCAAACCUAUCUUAGCAAGAUGUUCGCUACUCCUGGUUUGGAAUUGACUGCUCAAUCUUGCUUAGAUGUGGUUAAGGGCGCGGUUCCAACGAACUUUACUAAUCGUCUAGGCAGGGACUACAUUGCAUACACUGACUGGCUCACCUUAAUGAAGGACAUAGUCAGUUUGGAGGCUAUAGACCUCGUUAGCACGACAGGCAGCAAAAAGCCCAUGGGCGGCAGUCGGUUCAAGGGCAGCAACCGUUUUGCUGUGCGUGACCUGCUGGAGGCCGAAGAAGAAGCCGAUGCGGAUGACCCCACUCUUGGUGACGACCAAGAACAGGACUCCGAUACAGCUUCGAGGCUCGACAUAGAGUGGAAGAAGGAGGGUAGUCGAUUGAUGAUAGUUGAUUCCGAUGGGAGUCAAACCGAGAUCGAUGAUGUUUCUGAUCUUGUGGAGGGUUCAGAGUUUGACGGCGAGGAGAGUGUUGAGGGUGGCAACCUCGUUGCCGUAGUUAAGACUAAGGCAGGUGGCCGCGGGAAGGGCGACCAGCAAAGGAGUCGGGGGCAGGCUGUCAACCGAAACAAAAUUGUUGCUUGGGUUAGAGCGGGUCUGGAUCAAGAUGUGUGGCGGGACCUUUGGUCUCGUGGUGCUUGCAUCAAAUGCGGUCUGUCAGCGCGACAAGCCGCGGACUCGAGCUCGGCUUGGGUUACUCAAGCCUUUACCCAUUCCUGCUGGCCCAGGGCAGAGUAUCUCCAUGGAUUUCAUGGAUAUCUUGUGACCAGCAAGAAUGGCAAGAGGCACAUCUUCGUCAUAGUGGAUAGGUUCACUAAGUACGCUAGACUAAUCGCCAUGCUAGAGACUGCCAGGACUGAGCACGUCAUGAAGUUGUUCAUGGACAACUGGGUGCGUGAUUUUGGAUUGCCUAAGACUGUCGUUAGUGAUAGAGAUGUCCGUUUCACUAGUGAGUUGUGGAAACAGACCGCUGAACAGAUGGGCAGCCAGCUUCAGAUGACUUCUGGGAAUCAUCCCGAAGCAAAUGGGCAGGCUGAACAGAUGAGCCGAGUGGUGCAGCAUCUGCUGAGGCAUUACAUCAAGCCCAACCAAGAUGACUGGGAUGAGAAGUUGCCUCUCAUCGCCAGUCUGUACAACAAUGUUGUACACAGCACCAUUGGUGUCAGUCCUAAUCAGCUACAUCUCGGAUGGAAGCCUAGAUCCGCUCUAGAUUUCCUCCUGCCUGAAAACCGAACUGCUGCAACUCCUGGAACCAUUGAAUUUGGUGUCCUGUAUGAGAAACUGUUGCAGCAGAUUGUCGAGCAUAUUAAGAAAUCUCGAGAGGCUAUGAUUGCUUAUGAGAACAAGCGUCGUCGACAGUCUACAUUUCAGGUAGGGAAACGCGUCUGGGUCAAGGCUAGUGAACUGGGACAGGAGUUCGGCAUCUCUAGGAAACUAAUGCCUCAGUAUUUCGGUCCCUGGGAAGUCCUGGAUAUCGUGGGAAAUGAUUUGGAUGGUCCCUCGUACGUUAUUUGUAUCGCUGGUCACUUACGCACUUACCCUGUUUUCCACGCUUCCAAACUUGCACCUUUCGCUGAGACAGCACAGUUCCCAUCACGGAGAUCUACGCUGCCCCCAACCAUGGAUGGCCACGUGGACGUCGACGAUAUCCUGGAUCACAGAGAUACGCUUGUUCCUAAGCCACCUGGCAGGAUAGAGGGAGUAGUUGCCAAGUACCCUGAUCUAUUUGAAGAGCCAACAGGGGUUGUUGAUAGGGAGGUCGUCCACGCGAUAGAGAUUAUCCCUGGGUCUAGUAUUCCGAAGGGUAGGAUCUAUCGGAUGUCUCCAGGCGAGCUUGAUGAGCUUCGCCGCCAACUCAAGGAACUUAUAGAGAAGGGUUGGAUCCGGCCGAGUGUCUCUCCUUACGGAUCUCCAGUACUAUUCGUACCUAAGAAGAAAGAGGGCACUCUCAGGAUGUGCAUUGACUAUAGGGGCCUCAAUGCCAUCACUGUGAAGAACAGAGAGCCCCUACCGCACAUCGACGAUCUGUUAGAUAGAGUGCAAGGGUGUCGGUACUUCAGUAAGAUAGAUCUGAAGUUCAGAUACCAUCAGAUUGCCAUCCGGCCCGAGGAUCAACACAAAACUGCAUUUCAGACCAGGUAUGGUCUGUACGAGUUUGUGGUGAUGCCUUUUGGCCUUUGCAAUGCUCCUGGCACCUUUCAGCACGCUAUGAAUCGGAUAUUCCAUGACUACUUGGAUAAGUUUGUCGUUGUGUACCUCAAUGACAUACUUAUUUUUAGUAAGACUGUCGAGGAGCACGUUGCGCACUUAGACAAAGUUCUCGGUCUCCUGCGACAGCACAAGUUCAAGAUCAACGGUGAAAAGUGCGAGUUUGGUCGCAACCGUAUCUUGUACUUGGGUCAUAAGAUCUCCGCGGAAGGGUUGAAGCCYGAUGACGCGAAGGUGGCCAGCAUUCGUGAUUGGCCGCGACCUCAGUCUGUGACUGAGACGAGAUCUUUCUUAGGAAUGACAAGUUACUAUAGGACUUUUGUUAAGAACUAUAGCAUAGUGACCGCUCCUUUGACUGAUCUGACUCGCCUUGACACCCCGUGGGAGUGGACAGAUAAGUGCGAGGCUGCUUUCAGACAUUUGAAGCAUGCACUAACGCAUUAUGAAGUCUUGAAACUUCCGGAUCCUGAUAAGCCGUUUAUAGUAACCACGGAUGCUAGCCAAUAUGGCAUUGGCGCCGUGCUCGCGCAGCAGGAGGGGCCAAAGUUGAGGCUUGUUGAGUACAUGUCCAAGAAAAUGCCCUCUCAGAACUUGGCUAAGUCCACCUAUGAGAAAGAACUCUUAUGCGGUGUUCAAGGCGUUGAUCCAUUGGAGACACUAUUUCCUUGGGAGCGUUGGAUAGAAGUCAUUGAGCAGUAUGACUUUGACCCUCAGUACAUUAAGGGUGCCUUGUUGCGUAGACGUGACUUCUCAGGUGCGCUGAUUAUUGAGUACGGUCUUACGGAUGAUGUCACUCGAUCCUUGGUGGAAGCCUAUCAAGAGGACCAGUUUAUGGCUGAGAUCAUACGCAGACUCGAGGCGAAUGAUAAACAAACUUCAGCCGAGUUUGAGUUGGUCAAUGGCUUGCUGUUUCUCGAGAAGGAAGGGAAUAAACGUUUGUGUGUCCCUAAUAAAGAGUCUUUGCGUAGUUUGUUUUUAGGCGARUGUCAYGAYKCCACCGRCCAUUUUGGGUACAAGAAGACCGCAGCCAAUUUGCUGCAAAGGUUCUGGUGGCCCACGAUGUUAAAAGAUGCUAAGCUGUACGUGGAAACUUGUCAAGUUUGCCAACGAGACGAGCCCCGUACUCAGGCUCCUCUUGGGCUAGUCAAGCCCCUUCCGAUUCCAGAAAGGCCGGGUGAAAGCUUGUCCAUGGACUUCAUGGAUACACUGGUCACCAGCAAGAGUGGGAUGAGGCAGAUCUUCGUCAUCGUGGAUAGGUUUAGUAAGUAUGCUAGGUUAAUAGCCAUGCCGGAAACAUGGAAGACCGAGUAUGUAAUCAAGUUGUUCAAGGAGAACUGGGUGAGGGAUUUUGGAUUGCCUAAGUCUAUUGUAAGUGACAGGGAUGUCAGAUUUACAAGUGAGUUAUGGAAGGCCGUUGCAGCUGAACAGGGAACUCAACUGCAAAUGAGUUCUGGAAACCAUCCAGAAGCAAACGGCCAGGCGGAACAGAUGAACCGCGCUGUUCAACACCUGUUGAGGCAUUACAUUAAGCCCAAUCAGGUGGACUGGGACGAGAAGCUUGCUCUUGUCGCCAGUCUGUACAAUAACGCUGUACACAGCGCUACCGGGCCAAUCCGGAUCUGCAGCAGGUCCAGACCCCGCUGCUGCGCUGCUGCUGCAGCGGCAAGUGGUGGUGCAGGGAAUUCUGGAACUGUUGCAGCCCCGGGCCUGGACCCAGCAACGGCUGGGCUAGGCGGCAACUUUGCUUACAUCGACAGGAAGGCGGCGCAGAUUUCGUCCAAGUAUGACAGAAAGGACGACAUUGAGUCUUGGAUCAGCUCCAUGCGAUCCUACUUUGAUGUGUUGGGGACACCCUCGUCCACCCAGUCGUCUAUCAUGGGGACUAAUGUGGAGCCCGUCGUGAGAGGUUUCCUAGAAACCCAAGCUGUCCAAUCAGGCUAUAAAAGAAUAGACAUGAACAAAUGGUUGAAGGCCAUGCCUACCACCACUCUCGAGGACCUCUUGAUUAAACAGUAUGCUGAUCCACAUGCUGCAGCUAAAGCAAGACUCAAGCUUGACAAUCUCAAGCACAGCAAGUGGACUUGCACCAUGCACAGCCUGCAGCAGUAUGUUAGUAAACUCUUUGUUACUCCGGAUUUGGAGAUGACUGCGCAGUCCUGUCUGGAUGUGAUAAAAGGUACGGUCCCCUCUACUCUAAACGAUCGCCUGGGGCUCGGGCUCAGCGGAUAUACAGAUUGGCUUGCCCUCAUGCGGGACUUAGUCAAGCUGGAGGCACAAGACCUCCCGGGUGGAUCAAGUGGCAAAAAGGCCACCAGCAGCAAACGGUUUCCAGGCAGCAACCGUUUUGGAGCACAUGAUCUGCUUGAGGCUGACGAGGAGACCCUCGUGGAUGAAUCUUCUCUUGAUGACGAUCAAGAGCAAGACUGCGGGGCAUCUUGCUCUUUGUCAGCCCACGAGUCUGAGAAUGUAAAUGAUGAAGAGUCUAUGAAUGCCUUUAAAAAGACUGUCUUUAAAAGUAAGGGACCGAGGACCACGAUGAAGAACAACACUAACACUAUCCUUCUUCCCAAGGGAGCAAAGAUUCCACCAAAACCGGAAGAUCCUGCCACAAAACCAUGGAGUGAUGAUCCACCUCCGGAGAUCCCAUCAGAAAUUCGCAACCUUCUCAACCGAUUUCCAGAAGUCUUGGCCGCACCGCAUGGAGUUCCCGUGCGUCCGGUCCGACACAAGAUCGAGUUGAUUGAAGUUAGCACUCCUCCAAAGGGUUGUGUCUAUCGUAUGGGCUCAGGCGAAUUGGAGGAGUUGCGACGGCAGAUUGAUGAUAUGAUUGGGAAGGGAUGGAUCAAACCAAAGAUCCCUGGUGGGUCGAGAAAGGAGGCCUUGAGACGCGUCGAGGCCGACGAGCCGCCCGCUCCUCCGGCCAUCUUUCGAAUCUGGCAAGAGGAGGAUGUCCGUCCUGAUGUAAGGGUUGAAGAGAUAGGAGAGAACGAGGAAGUAGAGCAGGAAAGGAAAGCAGGUACGGUCAAGGAAGAACCUAUUGUGGUGGAAUCUGACGAGGAGAUAGAAAGGGGUUACUGGAAUGAGGCGCGGAGAACGAUGGAAAGAAUGGAGGAUCUAGUGGCAAAGAUGAGAAGGUAUCAAGACAAAUUGACCAACAUGUGUGAAGAGGUCAAGGAGUGGAAAGAUAAAAAGCCACUGGUAUAUCUCUACGAUAUGGGUCCAGGACCGCAAGGAGGAUCUGGGAGCCUACCAGGCGUAACGAUUUCGGGACCAACACCUCGGUCCGAAAUGGCUUACAUGCCACCAUCAAGGUCAGGAGGAGCGCCACAGGCCGUCAGGACAAGGGCCAAGGGGCCUGUAAGCCCCAAUGAGCCGGCAAAGGACAUUCCUAAGCCUAGUGGGGAAAAAGAGACAGUAGACAUCCCAGAGGACGAGGAUGAAAGAGAUGAAAGAUUAAGGAGGGGAGAGGAUAAGAGGGCUGAGCUAAGAGCAAAGAAGAGGGAUGUUAAGGCAGACGCGGACAGAGCUCCAGAGGGGAAGAAAAUGAAGUAUGUUGUCCGGGUAGAAGAAGGCUAUGACGCGGAGGAAAUAAUGGAUAGAAUCCUUGAGGGUCAUAAUCAUCUUAUGAACCUGAAGGAUGUGUUGGCUUCAGCUCCAAGGCUCCGGGACGAGCUCAAAGCUCGAUUAUCUAGGAAGAUGGUAGCCAGCGUGCGAUUGGGGGCCAUAAUCCCCAAGGAAGCGGAAUGGGUAGAGACAGGCACGAAGAUGGAUUGGAAGUUCGUCGCAUGUGGAUGCUUGGACGUAGUAGUAAAAGGAAAAACGUGCAUGACAAUGGUGGACUCUGGGGCGGAAAUGAACCUCAUAAAAGAGGAGCGUGUUUGCGCUUGGGGAUGGAGAUUGAUCGCUCCGAUCAUGGAGUUUUAAUGGGAGCGAAUAGUCGGUCUGUGUUCAUAGGGACCGCAUCGAGAGUGGUUUUGGAGAUUGGCAAGGUUAAAG